CCCCUCUUCACCAUGGGUCAUCUCAUCACGUUGGCGACAUGUUCUCUUAAUCAGUGGGCCUUAGACUUCGAAGGCAACACAGCUCGGAUCAUCCAGAGCAUUCAAGAAGCCAAAGCCGCCGGCGCCAGUCUGAGAUGCGGCCCUGAGCUCGAGAUCUGUGGUUACGGCUGUCUUGACCACUUCCUAGAGCAAGACCUAUACCUCCACUGCUGGGAGAUGCUAGAACGCAUUUUGACCGACAAGUCAUGUCACGGUAUCAUUCUUGAUAUUGGAAUGCCAAUCCUCCACCGGAACAACCGCUACAAUUGCCGUAUCAUCGCUCUAGACUCCAAGAUCCUCAUGAUCCGCCCAAAGCUCUGGCUUGCGAACGAUGGCAACUACCGUGAAAUGCGAUACUUCACGCCUUGGGAAAGACCUCAGCACGUUGAGGAAUACUAUCUGCCGCGCAAGAUCCAACUCAUUCAGGGUGCUGUCAAGGUGCACUUCGGAGACUGUGUCCUUUCUACGCCGGACACAUGUCUGGGUUUCGAAACUUGCGAAGAACUCUUCACACCAAAGGCACCUCACAUCGACAUGGGCCUUAACGGCGUUGAGGUCUUCACCAACUCUUCGGGAUCUCAUCAUACUCUCCGGAAGCUUGAUGUUAGACUAUCUUUGAUCCUAGAAGCUACCAGAAAGAGCGGCGGAAUCUACCUCUAUGCAAAUCAGCAGGGAUGCGACGGCGACCGCCUCUACUACGAUGGUUCUGCUAUGAUCAUCAUCAAUGGAAAUAUUGUUGCCCAAGGAACUCAGUUCUCUCUCAACGAUGUUGAGAUCGUGACCGCGACUUGCGAUAUUGAGGAAGUUCGCGCAUACCGAUUUGCUCCCAGUCGGGCGCUUCAAGCCGUGCAAGCUCCAACGUAUCAGCGUAUCGAGACCAAAUUCAGCCUCUCCUCUGACGCUGACGACAUUGAUCCUUUCAUAGCCCCCUCGCCAAAGCUUGCUCCGAGGUACCACAUACCGCAAGAAGAAAUUGCCAUGGGCCCAGCCUGCUGGCUGUGGGACUAUCUCCGACGUUCCAAAGCCGCCGGAUUCCUCGUACCGCUGAGCGGUGGUAUUGACUCUUGUGCUACGGCUGCGAUAGUGUUCAGCAUGUGCCGAAUCGUGAUCGAAGCUAUCAAAGCUGAAAACGCUCAAGUGAUUGCCGACGUCCGACGCAUAGCUGGUGCCUUUGAGGAUGAAGGUUGGCUUCCUUAUACUCCAGAAGAACUGUGCAAGAACAUCUUUCACACUGUCUACAUGGGUAUGGAAAAGCAGUCCUCGGUCGAAACACGCAGCAGAGCAGAACGCUUGGCUGCUGAUAUCGGGGCUUAUCAUACAGACAUGAAUAUCGAUACUGUCUUUAACGCAGAGAAGAACCUCCUUACGCAAUCGACAGGCUUUGAGCCCCAAUUCAAAGUCCACGGUGGAUCAGCAACGGAGAACCUGGCCCUCCAGAACAUUCAGGCUAGGACGCGCAUGGUCACAGCCUACUACUUCGCACAGAUGUUGCCUACUGUUCGAAAACGACGCGGUGGUGGCUCGCUACUUGUCCUCGGCUCCGCCAACGUCGACGAGUGCCUUCGAGGUUACCUAACUAAGUACGACUGCAGUAGUGCAGAUAUCAACCCCAUCGGCUCCAUUUCCAAGACGGAUCUCAAAGCUUUCAUCGCUUGGGCUAGCGAUGCUUUCUCCCUCCCCAUCCUAAAUGAAUUCAUCCACGCCAUCCCCACCGCGGAACUAGAGCCGAUAAUGGAAAACUACGUCCAGUCUGACGAAGCUGACAUGGGUAUGACCUACGACGAGCUGUCCGUAUUCGGCAAGCUUCGAAAGGAGGCCAAGCUAGGUCCCUACGGCAUGUUUCAACGACUAGUGCAUGAAUGGAAGGACAAGUGCUCGCCACGGGAGACUGCAGUCAAAGUCAAGAGGUUCAACCACUUCUAUGCGAUCAAUCGACAUAAGAUGACCACGAUGACGCCCGCGUACCAUGCUGAGGGGUACAGUCCGGAUGAUAAUAGGUUCGAUCUGAGGCCAUUCUUGUAUCCGCCGUUCUUCGAGAGCUGGUCGUUCAAGAAGAUUGAUGAUGAGGUGGACAGGAUUGAGAAGAGGGCCGCGAAGUGAUCAGGGAACUAAUUUUUCCUCUCUCUCCAACUCAUUCGGAGGAGCUCAUCUUUGCCACGGCGUUACCUGGGUUGGCCUUUUGAUGUUUUCGGUAGAUCAACCAUUUGGUCAGGCAGCUCUGCGGAGCAUCGUCUAAUCAUGGAUCAUAUGAUAGAUAGAACUUAUAAGGAUCUUGACAUCGAAGGUCCCAUGAUACUUGUACUGUUUGCCACUGCUUUAGACUCAUCGUAUCCGGUAGCCCGGAUUGACGUGCAAACAGCACACUCUACAGUUCCAUACUCAAGCACACACAGAUUUUUCUUGUGAUGACUUGGUCAAG